ACACCGCAUCUUCUGACGCGAUGAUGUCAUCGCGCCAUCGACGGCGGUGACGUCAUCGAGCCGGUUCACCACCACGGUACCCGUGAGCAUGGAUCACUCUUUCGCAGGCUCAGGCAGGUCAGGUCGCGAGUUCUACCAUUCGGGCCGUGAUGAUUACGACAAGCACGGCCGAGGAAGCUCGGGGUCCGGACACCGAUCAUUCCAAGGCGACAUGCGACCCGCUGAAGGGGAAAGAGAGACGUACAAAACAGCUGCCAAUCUUCUGGCCACAAUAAUAACGAUGAUAAAGGACAAUCCAGUUACUGAUCAAGGUCAAGGGUAUGCUCAUGAGCGAUCCGCCAAAAGUGGGUACAACUAUCGCGAGUCGUAUAACUCCGCACCACCCACGGGCUCCAAACAGAGCGUAGGCUACAACGAGCCCUUCAGUCGUCCGGGUGGAUUGGCAGGAGGCCCUGAUCGCUAUGACUACAAUGAGCCCCCCAGGGGCCAACAACACGGCCCCCAGGGCUAUGGAGGUGGCUAUGAUGAUCACUGGGGCAGCGGGAAGGAGUUUUCCGAGCCUGGCAUCAUGUCCAAUAAGCACGGCAACAGAGGUUACGCAGAACAUGCUGCAUUCAAGGCACCCGCAGAUAUGCGAGGCUUUUAUGGUCGUGGCCGCACCUCCCGUAACUUUCACGGGCAGGUUGGCAGGCCAGGCUUCAACAGCCGUGAGGGCCGCCAGCCGACAGACCACGGGGGAGCACCCUACGGGUCGGGCUUCCGUGGCUACGGUACCAAACCAGGCCAGAGGGGCAGGCCCUUUGAUAGGGCUGGCAGAGACUCCACGGAUCGCAGGGACCGUGGGCGUGGGGGCACGCCGGCCUGGAGGGUCGCCGCGGAUUUCAGGGAGAAGAAGGUGGUGCCCUUGUUGGGGCUGACCACUUCACGGAAGAAGAAGGCUGGCGGCCGAGGCGAAAGCGGCGGUGGCGGCAGCGGUGGCAGCGGCGGUGGCGCCGGUGCCGGUGGCGCGCCCAGCACAAGUCAGAAGCCUCAAAAGCCGACAGGCUCAGCAGGAGCUGGCACGGGCUCUGAGAAGUUGAGGGUGACGGACAAGCCAGCGGCCACCAGCGAAGCGACGGGCGCAAUUAAGAGGAAGUUGUCACCUUCUCCGGGACCAUCUGGCAAGAAAGCCAGCAAUGAGGAGUCGGGCGGUAUUGGCGAGCCUGAAACGAAAAAGGUCAGACUUCCUGCACAUAGUGCUCAGUUCUCGUGCCCGCUGUGUCGCUUCCGCACAAAAUACGACAGCGAGAUGGAGCUGCACAUGCAGAGCAAGUUUCACAUGGAGUCUCUGAGGCACCUUCAGGAGGGUUACCUGGAUGACCCCCACAUCUCCAAGACCAUUAAUGAGUUCAUCGAGCUGCGAUACCAGAAACGUAAGGCUUCAAAUCAGAUGUUAAGUGACCACUCGGACAAAGUCGUGCCCAGCAAAGCCAACGGAGACGACGCGAUAUUGGACGACAGCAUGGAAUCCAUGGAGGUUGUUCGCUGCUACGCCUGUAAUACCAAUAUAUUUAAUGUUACAUGGGUAAUUAGGAAACACAUGGAUUCUGAAGAACAUCAAUUUAAUAGAAAGGCCUUCAGUAAUGAUCGGAAGAACAGUGUCCUCAUAAUUUUCAAGAGUAUCCUGCACAAUCAAUGCAACUUUAAAAUACUCAAAACCUUGAAUGAGAAAUUCCAAAAAGAGGAGACUUCAGCAGGGGAGAGCUCCUCUUCAACGUCUGAAGAGAAAGUAAAAAAGAUUACGACUGCAGAUGACAAGACCACUGUUGACAAUACCACCGUGGAGAAAAACGCCACCUUGAAGAAGACCGUCCUCAAAACGAGCGGCACGGAAGCCAGCGCUACGAAGGGGCAAAUUUCCAAGGGGACAUUAAAACCCAGAGCCAAGGUUGUACAGACUGGGAAGGUAGUGGUGAAGAAGGCAAAUGUUUUGGCCACAGAGAAAGCAAAAGACAAGUUCCCGGCUGAAGACAUCGAUGUCAAGACCAGCAAUACGAAGCAGAGCUCAGGAUCAAAGAGGACAACCCUUCAAGUCGGAGAGGAUCUUAGCAAACGGGAAGAAGACAAAAGGAAUAAUGCAGAGCUUGAGCUGGAAAAGGCAGAGGAGGAGCAAUAUGAGGUUGUUGAGCCAGAUGAGGCAGAGAAUGAAGAGGCUUUGAAGAAUGAAUGCUUUGUGGUAGAGGAAGGGCUUCUCCUGAAGGCCAAGGAGAGUGAUUUUCUGCUCCAAGAUGAAGAGCAGCUUCUUGAGAUGUGCGAGGAAGAUGAGGCUUUUGAGGUGUGCGAGGAAGAUGAGGCUCCAGAAGAAGGCGACCCCGAUAGCCUGGACGAUGACACUUACUUGGAAGUUGACGCGUUGGCUGACGAUCACGACGCAUCAUUCGGCGACAAGCAGAGCAUGGGCGAUAAUGGGGAGAAAGAGUCGAAGAACGAAGCCGACGACGAUGUCAUCAUAAUAGAAUAUGAUGGAGAUGCUGCCCUGCCAGCGAGCGUGGUCCCCACCGAUAUGAGCGGUAAUGGAAGCGAAAAGCCAUUAAAAUGCCCCCCUGUAGCAGCGGAUGCUAUCACAACCACUGCACCUGCUCCGUGCACUCAGACGCCAAGGGAUGCACUGCCACCACCUACUAUCAAAGCAGCGGCCAGAAAACCGGUUAAAGGAGUCACCAGGGUGGCUGGAGGAGCCGGAAAAGCAGGAACAGCUGCAAAAACAAGUGCCAAACGGCCUGCAGGAAAUGCAGUAAAAAGUGUUAGGGUUAAGGCGAUUAAACAGGCAGUUAGAGUAAGCAAGGUGGUGGUUACUAAGUUCCUACCGGCAGUGAAGAAAGAAGCAGUGAAGAAGCCAUUGGUUAAGACAAUCGGGGUGUUUGAGGAAACCAUUCUGCCAUCCGAAGAGGCUGCUGGAGAAAUGGCUGAAGCCGGCAAGAUGUUGAAUACAGCGAGCCAGGAGGAACAUGCAAGCAAGCCGGCUGCGGAAGCCAUGGCUUGUGAGGAGGCCGAUGAAGUUGUGGGCUCGGAAACGCCGCUCGAAGCAGAGGAGUCGAAGCAGGACGAGAGGAGCACGGCAAUGGCGCUGCCUGAGGUUGUGGUGAUGGAGGGCAUUCUUCACCCGGCAAGAAGGGAAGGGGAAGCAUUGCCCGCGUCGGUCAGGGGCCGCGGGGCACGGGGUCGAUGCAAGCGAGGCAAGCGGAAGGCCGUGUAGAAUUUGGAGGCAACAGUGACGUGCGGUGUGCCCCUUUGUGUAAGCGCUAAGAGUUAAACCAGUGUCAAUUUACAAUAGCAAGUAGGUAUUAUUUGUAUUGAUUUUAUUUUUAGUGAUAUUUCUUGACAUUCUAAUUCAGGACCGUUUUUCUCAAGUAAAAGCCAAUUCUUGUCAUACUAGCCUUUUGCCCGUCCAAGGACGGGUGUAUUGCAGUAAAUCUCAAAUUUGCAAGCGGAAAUCAGACCGCGAUGUGAUAUUCAUUGCAUCAGAUUCGUGUGCAAUUUGUAAGGGCGUGGUGACAGACCUAUUUCAUUUUAAGGUUAUAAUCCCAAAUUCAUCAUGACCUUUUUACUUUGAUGUCUCAACAGCGUUACGGAGAUCGCGUGACGUGAGGAUUCUGCUUUUGUAGUGAGGGUUGUGAGUUGACGCUGAGGAGGGGGGAGGAGGCGCCUCGGCCCCCCAUGUGGAGUGACGUCAGCCGCUAAUUAUUAUGGAGAGGGGGGGGGGGUCCAUUUGGAGGAAGUCACCUUAUGAUUAUUAAUGAGGGGGGCUGGUGGGUGUGGAGUGACGUCACGAGCGUUAAGGACAUUCCUGGGUUAUAGUAGGUAUAUGAUGAGCCCCACCACUUAAUAAAAUCUUGGAUGCAUUAUUUGUAGUGUUGCAUUUUAUACUUAUUUGUGGGAUAUAAAGCAAGUUCACUUGUCAAACAGUAGUUGGUGGGUGCCGAACUGCAUUCAUGUUUCUUAUGUGUUAAAUUGCCUCUCCUGAUUUUAGUUGUUUAUGGUUUAAAAUAACUUUCAUUACUUAGAGACUUCUAUAUUUAUGUAUAUAUUUGGUGGGGAUAAGCCUCAAGAAUUGCUGUCGGUGACAGUUUUUAUUUGCAGUACAUUGUAAUUCAGAGGCAGUUGAUUAAUCGAUUAAUUUUUUUAUUGUCUACUUUUUUUGGUUAUUUGAAAAUAGUUACCUUUGUAUCCUGUCUUCUGAAGGUAGGAAACCCCCUGCAAGCCAUGCCCAGCGUGAUGUAGCCAGGGGCGGAGCCAGGAUUUUGACUUUGGGGGGGCUGACUUCAAUAUUCUGAGAUAUCCAGUGUAUGUUUUCCAAUGGGCGCCACAAAUGCAUAAAACAAAUUUUAUUGGAUUUGAACGCGGAGUUUAUUAAUAGGUCGGAGCCGCUGAUGUGGCUAAUAAGUUUGAUACGUUCGAAAGGCUGCCGCUCAAGCAGCCUGCAGGGCAGCACAAAGUGGCAGUCAGCAUUUUCCAGCAGCCCGAUAUCCGGUUAUCCCGAUUACCGACUUUCCCAAAGUUUCAGGGGGGGCUCAGCCCCCCCCAGCCCCCCCCUGUGGCUCCGCCCCUGGAUGUAGCUGAUGAUGCAGAAGUAAUCUAGCCCCACCCAUAACGUCCCAUCUAACAACAUGGGUGGGAACAGAAGUGAGAUUCUCCCCCCCAUCCCAAACUACACUGUUAUGUGAUUAGUCAUUCGAACUGAUAACUGGUUGAGUAACGGAAUAAUCAGAUAUAGCAGCUCUUUACAAAAUGCAAAAAUCUGUGCAUGUGAUCCUGGCUUGCCCUGGUCAAGCCAGGAUCACAUGCAAGUACAGUAUUGAAAGUUGCGUAGAAUUAAAGUGAUGUUAUUUAGCAGUUGAA